CAACAAAUAUAUAGGCAAUGAUAAAAAUCAAAUAAAAAUACAAUUAAUUACAAAGUCAUAAACCCCUCCUCCGCCAAUGUGCAUAUCUAAAACCCUAACCCCGAAAAAUAAAGGUCUCUACUAAACUGUUAGAGAGAACAACUUUUCAGAGAAAAAAAUGAACAUCGUCUUAAAACGCACAGCUUCUUUUGCCUCCAAGCGGAUCCUCGCGGCAUCCGCCCAAACUCUCCUUCACCACUUCCCCUCAACAACAGCAGCAGCAGCCACCACUAGAAAUGCUGAGAUUCUUUUUAUUGACAGAUUCAAGCCCUUCUCCGGCUUGCCGGGCUUUGCGGCUAGUGGUUUCCACGCCAAAUCAGGGCCGUUGAGUUUCAGGGCAUCGCCCUGCUUGCAGGCGGAGUAUGCCGUCGAGGAUUAUGAUGAAGAGAAGGGAGGUGAUGGGCUUGAGAUCUGUAAUCUGGGGAUUGCUCCGGAGAUUGUUUCCGCUUUGAAAAGUAGGGGUAUCACCAAAUUAUUUCCUAUCCAGAGAGCGGUUUUGGAACCCGCAAUGCGAGGAAGGGAUAUGAUUGGACGAGCUAAGACAGGGACAGGCAAAACGCUUGCCUUUGGGAUUCCUAUUAUGGACAAAAUCAUUCGAUACAAUGCUCAACAUGGACGUGGUAGAAACCCCUUGUGCUUGGUUUUGGCACCAACAAGAGAACUUGCUAAACAAGUUGAGAAGGAAUUUCAUGAGUCUGCCCCCAACUUGGAUUCAAUUUGUGUUUAUGGGGGUACACCAAUUUCCCGCCAAAUGAGGCAACUUGACUAUGGUGUUGAUGUAGCUGUUGGUACACCUGGCCGCAUUAUCGAUCUGCUUAAGAGAGGUGCUCUCAACUUAACAGAGGUUCAAUUUCUUGUUCUUGAUGAAGCUGAUCAGAUGCUUCAAGUUGGAUUUGCCGAGGAUGUUGAAACCAUAUUGGAGAGGUUGCCUGCAAAUCGUCAAAGCAUGAUGUUUUCAGCAACAAUGCCUAAUUGGAUCAAAAGCCUUACCCAGAAGCACUUGAAAAAUCCAUUAACUAUUGAUCUGGUUGGAGAAUCUGAUCAAAAGUUGGCAGAAGGAAUUUCCUUAUAUUCGAUUGCAGCAGAUAUGCAUGGAAAAGCAUCAAUUCUUGGUCCUUUAAUAACAGAGCAUGCAAAAGGAGGAAAGUGUAUUGUUUUCACUCAAACAAAGCGUGAUGCUGAUCGGCUGGCAUAUGCCAUGGCAAGAAACUUUAGAUGUGAGGCUUUGCAUGGCGAUAUCUCACAAAGCCAGAGGGAGAGAACUCUCUCAGGCUUCCGAGAUGGGCAUUUCAAUAUUUUAGUUGCUACUGAUGUUGCUGCUCGCGGUCUUGAUAUACCUAGUGUUGACCUGGUAAUACAUUAUGAGCUUCCAAACACGUCUGAAACUUUUGUUCAUCGAACUGGCCGAACUGGUCGUGCUGGAAGGAAAGGAAGUGCAAUUCUUAUCUACACUCAAGAGCAGAGUAGGGCUGUUAGGGUUAUUGAGCGAGAAGUAGGAUGUAGAUUUUCUGAGCUUCCUAGGAUUGAGAUUGAUGGUGGGAGCACAGACAUGUUCAAUGAUAUGGGUACUGGUGGUCGAUUUGGGUCAUUUGGAAGUACACGAGAUCGUAGAUAUGGUGAUACGGGUUUUGGUCGUUCUAGUAGACAAGGAGAAUAUGGAUUUGGCCGUCCUGGAGGCAAUAGGAGUCCUGGAUUUGGUCGUAGGGGUGGUCAGUUUUCUGAUGACAUGGGAGGCUAUGGAGGAUCUAGCUCUAGUCGCUUUGGUUCUAAUAAUCGGUCUGGAAACUUUGGUGGUCCUGCAUUCGGUCAUCGAAGUGGAUUUGGAGAGUUGGGUAAAUCAGAUCGUUCUAGUGGCUUUGGUAGCUUUGGUACUAGACGUACUAGUGGAUUUGGGGACUUUGGUUCAGGCAAUCCAGGUGGAUUUGGUGACAAUCGAUCUGGUCAAAAUGCUGGUGGCUUUGGGAGCUUUGGUUCUGGUCGUUCUGGUGGAUUUGGUGACAAUCGUGCAGGCCAACGCAGUGGCAGCCAUGGUGAUUCUCAAUUUAGUCAUUUUAGCAACUUUGGGGGCUCCAAUGUUGAUGAUGAUCAGAGCACUGGAAGAAGACCCUUCUAAAUUCUUUUAAGGUGCUAUGUCUAUUCGAUUACUGAUACCUGCGAGGCUGCUAAGGUGCUUGGUACAUUGCCUUGCCCGUUUACUAGGAUGUUAUCCACAGGCUGUUGUAGCCUACGAUACCUUUGGUUUUCAUGUACAUUUGUUUUGGAAUGGCAGGGAAGAAGGCGCCAUUCAAGUGACAGCUUCCAGUGGGAAACAGUUACUGAUAAACAAGGAUUCUUUUGUGGCACGUGAAAGUUUGUUGGGAAGAGGGAGAACCCCAACUCCCUUUACUCUCCCCUCUCCUGUUAAGCUUUAAGUCAACUAAUAUUUACUAGUUAUUGUAAUGGGAAUAUUUUCAGAUGCUGGCCGUUGAUAUUGAAAUUAAUUAUAUGUGAAGCAAUAAAAUCUCCUGUCUGAUCAUGUAUUGUGAA